UAGGUCGGGGCGUGUCGACCGCACACACUGCCGCGGUGUGUGUAGCUGCGCGCUACUGUCAGUCCGCCUACGUGAGUCAUUGGAUUGGUGUUAUGAUGAUAGAAUAACACAGCCAUGAGUGUGCUUGUGAAACCACCUGUGCCACCUAAAACCACUUGGAAACCCGGUAAGUUAAGAGUCGUCAGGACGUUAUGCAAAUAUACUGCGCAACGUGCGGAUGAGUUGUCGUUCGACGAGGGUGAUUUACUCUACGUUUAUGACAGAGACACCGAUCCAAAUUGGUGGAGGGCCAAGUGCGGGGAUCAAAAGAGACUCAUACCGGUCACUUAUGUCGAGGAACAGACGCAGGAGAUUGAUCUGCCGCUGCACGACGCUGCGAGACGGGGCAACAUUUCCUUCCUGAGGGAAUACCUGAAGGAGGGUAUAUCGGGGACGGGUUUGGAUGCAGCUGGAAACACGCCGCUGUACUGGGCGGCACGCACCGGCCACCUGGAAUGCGCGAAGGAGCUUCUCACUUUGCCGAAUCCCGUGGUGAACGCUCGGGAAUUACGGGCGGAAUUGAAGAAGGAGUCCCUCAAGUUGGAAGAGCACACCAACUCAAAGGGGAGGUGGUGGGAUUGGUUUAUUAUGAUAGCCUACGUUCUGGGUGUAUUUUUCAGCAUGGUGUUAUGUAUAAAUAUGACGAUACAAGAAGAAUUAGAAUCUUUACGCGCGCUACUGUCAGACGUCAGUCCGCCUACGUGAGUCAUUGGAUUGGUGUUAUGAUGAUAGAAUAACACAGCCAUGAGUGUGCUUGUGAAACCACCUGUGCCACCUAAAACCACUUGGAAACCCGGUAAAUAUACCGCGAAAUCGCGCCGUGGCGUCUGGCGUGGACAAUGCGUAACUCGUGGCCCGGUUAGGCGCAAUUUGUUAACGUUAUCUGAUUAAUUAUUGUAAAGUACUUGCCUAUGGAUUUUGUCAGGAUAAGGGAAAAGACCGGGUGUGGAAGCACUGAUUUUAACUUGUUUAAUUAUAACUGAUUAUAUUAUAACUGAUUAUAAUAUAUAAUAUAAUUAAUUAUAACUGAUUAUAUUAUAAUUAUAAUUGUUAGGAUAUGUAAACGCACCACAAUGGUUCUGUUAGUCCCUAGAUUCGCAUUACGUUUAAGUUGGCAACUAGCCCUAUGUUUUAUUUUGUCUUUAUGUUCCCCCCAUUGCUUUUACCUCUGUUCCCGCGCUUGUGUGUGCAUAGCUCAGCCAAAUAAAGCUACGUUUUUCUAAGAA